CGUACGUGCGGGGGAGGGGAGGCUGGGCGGCUGGACCCGCCGGGUGCCCGACGGCUGCCAGACGGCUGCCCACGGCUGUUCCCUGCCCAGGUGCAACCUGCCAGUGGAUUGUUGGGAAGGCCCGGCGGCCCCGCAGGACUGAAAGUCCAGCAGGUUUAGCAGUUUGCAGAUGGCCAGGCCUAAGAAGACUCCACUAGCCCUUCCUCAGGAAGAAGGGGUCCCGGCAGCUGAAGUGGCACCCAUCCUAUUGCCCAGCCUGAAGGGCAGCUGCUUUGACCAUCCCCUGCACCAGGGGGUCCUCCACCCCGUGCGGCGUCGUAGCAGUCCUACCUCAGCUCCACCUCCCAAGUUGUCAAAGAAGCCCAAGGUGCAUGCAGCUGGGGACAUGUUCCCCACUGAUUGGAGCCCACCACCUGUAGAGUUCCUGAACCUAAAGUUCACCUCUGGGACCUCGGAGAGCUAUGUCAACAGCUUAGAUUACUUACUGCAGGAGAAGCGAGAACUGGUGCUGGAGCAGAAGCAAGAGAAGGCACUUGUACAUGACUGUCCUGACCUCAACUCCCUGGAUCUGGAUGAAGAUGAGGUGCCUCUCACACCUGAACACAGGUUGCUGGUGGAGAGGUUCUCCGUGUCACUACAGGUCAUCCCACCAGUGCAUCCUGGGGAGACUGUGUUUCUACCUGGACGUCAGCCUCAGCACUGCAUCCUGGACCAUUCAAAUCUGAAGCCACGUAGCCAACUAGAAGCGCUGUUUCUCAGCUGCCCGCCGGCCCAGCAGCUCUCCUUCCUGCACAGAGGCCUCCUGAGCAACCUCUACCUGCACACCCCGGACUGCCCGGUGCCCCUGCUCCAGUGGCUCUUCCAGCUGCUGACAUGGCCUCCAGAAACUUCUUCAGGAGCCUUUGGUCUCUUAUGGGAUCUCAGCAUGGAUGGGCUCUUCCAUCAGACUGAUGGAGACAAGCAUUGGUGGUGCCCUUCGCUGCAGGAGGUCAUGGAAGCAUUUCACAGCCUGGGAGCCCACAGCCCUGCUCUGGGCCUGCAGGGCCUCUGCCAACACAGUGGGAGAGUGCUUAAAAACAACAUUAGCCUGAGCUGGAGUGAGCAGCAGGACACCCCCCCAGCGAUUGCCUUGGACAUUAGCCUGAGCUACAUCUGUAAGUUCCUGGCACUCUGUGCCCUCACCCAGCCAGUGGCCUACACUGAUGGGGACCUCUUGGGCCUGAUUGAGUUGCUGUGCCAAGCUGGCCUAGAUGUGGAGCUCCGCCUGCUGCCCAAGACCGAUCUUCAGCAGCUUCUGCUCCUGCUCCUUCAGAACAUCCAGGAGUGGCCAGGGAAGCUCCAGCAGCUCUGCUGCACCCUGAGCAAGGUGUCAGGUCACCACCACAACCUGCUGGCACUCGUGCAGUUCUUCUUGGACGUGACCUCUCGAAGCAGGCAGCUUCGAAGCCAGCUCAGCCUCGUGAUCAUUGCCCAGAUGCUGGACCAGCAAGAGAUGCUCCCUCUCUGGGAAGAGAAGGCCCAGCUGUCUUCACUCAGCCAGCUCCUGACCCUCAUGAAGCCAUCGUCCCUCAGGCAGUAUCUGGGCUCUGAGACCUUGCCACCCUGCCGGGAGCAACAGCCAAAAGCCAGUGCGGAACUAGACCACAAGGUCUGCUACCUGUGCUACAGCCUGCUGACACUGGCUGGGGUGGUAGUCAGCUGCCAGGAUAUUACUCCAGACCAAUGGGGAGAUCUGCAGCUGCUCUGCCUGCAGUUGGACCGCCAUGUCAGCACCCAUAUCCGGGAGAGUCCCCAAGCCAUGCACUGGACCAGACUCAAGGACCUGGCUGCCCAGACCUAUAUCCGCUGGCAGGAGCUGCUGGCUCACUGCCAGCCCCAGGCCCAGUACUUCAACCCCUGGAAAGACAACAGUCUCCGGCUGUUGGCUGAGGCAGGAAGUGAACAGGGCUCAAGGAAUAGGAGGAAGCAAAGAACAGAGGCCAGAGGAGGACCAGUGUGAUGAAGCAAGAGCCUGCCUCCACGCUGCCCCUGACCCCGACAGGACAAUGAACAUGAUGCCUCCCUGCCUGGCCUACCCCUCAGCCCUCCUUCCCAUCCCGGCUUCCUCCUCUGCCCCCAGGCCUUUAUGUCCACACUCCAGUUUCCCAGGGCCCUCCUGGGCCUUCCCCACUCUCCUUCCUUUCUCUGUCACUAAUGUGAGCUUUCUUUGUGCACACUAAAGUCUUAUUUCAGCA